AUGAGCGAUCUCGCUGUCAACCUCACGGCCCCCAACGGCCAGAAGUGGUCUCAGCCAACCGGUCUUUUCAUCAACAAUGAAUAUGUGGCUUCAUCGACAGGGCAGACCAUUCCCGCCAUUGAUCCAGCAACAGAAGAAGAGAUCACAUCAGUUCAUGCCGCAAGCGCAGACGAUGUCGAUAAAGCUGUAAAGGCCGCUGCGGCAGCUCUGAAGAACCCGGCAUGGAAGGAGCUGGCUGCUUCAGACAGAGGCAUCCUCAUGGCCCGCCUUGCGGAUCUGAUUGAGUCAAACAAGGAGCUGUUCGCGACGAUUGAUGCCUGGGAUAACGGCAAGUCGUACACAGAAGCCCUGACGAACGACCUCGUUGAAGCUGUCGGCGUCAUCCGGUACUACAGCGGCUGGUGCGAUAAAAUCUUCGGCCAAACCAUCAGUCUCCCGAAUAAGUUCGCCUAUACUGUUCGACAGCCUGUUGGUGUCGUGGGCCAGAUCAUUCCUUGGAACUACCCGCUGUCAAUGGCAACCUGGAAGCUAGGUCCCGCGCUGGCGUGUGGCAACACCGUGGUGUUGAAAGCAGCUGAACAGACACCUUUGAGUAUCCUCGUGCUCGGUCGUCUGGUAAAGGAGGCUGGAUUUCCCCCGGGAGUAGUAAACUUCAUCAACGGACUCGGGAAAGAUGCCGGUGCUGCUUUGGUUCAGCAUCCUCUUGUUGAUAAGGUUGCUUUUACGGGGUCAACAGGCACGGCCACCAACAUCAUGAAGAUGGCGUCGGCAACCUUGAAGAACAUCACGCUGGAAACCGGCGGAAAGUCGCCCCUUCUCGUGUUCAACGACGCCGACAUGGAGCAAGCCGUAAGGUGGUCCCAUAUGGGGAUCAUGUCCAACCAGGGACAAAUCUGCACGGCGACCUCGCGCAUCCUAGUUCAACAGGACAUCUACGACACCUUCGUCGCCAAAUUCGUCGAAGAAGUGCAGAAGACCAGCAAAGUCGGCCACCAGUGGGAUGCCGAGACGUACCAGGGCCCGCAGGUCUCGAAACAGCAGUACGAGCGCAUCCUCUCGUACAUCCAGAUCGGUCGCGACGAGGGCGCCACGAUCAAGACCGGUGGCGAAAGACCGUCGCAUCUGCCGAAGGGGUACUACGUCUCCCCGACCGUCUUCACGGACGUGAAGAGUGACAUGAGGAUCUGGCGCGAGGAGAUCUUCGGCCCGGUGGUUGUGAUUCAGAAGUUUACGGACGAGGCGGAGGCGAUAGCUACUGCGAAUGACAGCGUCUAUGGUCUCGGCGCUGCCGUGUUCACGACGAACCUUGAGAAGGCGCAUAGGAUUGCCGCUGAGAUCGAGUCGGGUAUGGUCUGGGUGAACAGCAGCCAGGACUGCGAUCCUAGGGUGCCCUUUGGUGGCGUGAAGCAGAGUGGUAUUGGGCGGGAGCUUGGAGAGGCUGGUCUCGAGGCGUACUCACAGAUCAAAGCGGUCCACGUCAACAUGGGCAACAAAUUGUAG